GCCCGCCCCCCCCGGCCCCCCUGGCGCUGCCCGGCCCGGCCCGGCCCGGCCGGGCGCGGCGCGGCGCGGCGCUGCGGGCCGCGGCCCCGCGCUCGCAGUGGCGCGGGGAGGGGAGGGGCGCGGAGCGGAGGAGGCGGCUCGGCGCCGGCCGCCGCCCCCCGCUGCGUGAGGAAAUGGCCCUCACGUGAGGGAGGCGGCAGCGCCUGGCUCGCCGCGCAGGAGUCAGCGGCGACAGCAGCCGCCGCCGCCGCCAGCCAUGCCGACCAACUUCACUGUGGUGCCGGUGGAGGCGCAGGGCGAGGAGCGGGGCCUGCCGGAGCGCGACGGGCAGCGGCAGCAGCAGGCGGACAAGGACGAGGAGAAGGAGCGCGGCGCCGGGGAUGGGACUGCCAGGGAAAGUAGCCCUUUUAUCAACAAUGCAGAGAUGGACAGAGAAAACUUGUAUGAAGGAAAGAAUAUGGCUCUCUUUGAGGAAGAAAUGGAUAGCAAUCCCAUGGUAUCAUCUCUUCUUAAUAAACUAGCAAACUACACUAAUCUGACUCAAGGUGUGGUGGAACAUGAAGCAGAUGAAGACAGCAAGCGAAAGGAAGUCAAGGUUCCACGUAUGGGCACUUUCAUUGGUGUGUACCUGCCCUGCCUGCAGAACAUCUUAGGAGUCAUCCUUUUCUUGCGUUUAACGUGGAUUGUGGGGACAGCUGGAGUUCUUGAGUCUUUCAUCAUUGUGUUCAUGUGUUGUGCUUGUACUAUGCUAACUGCAAUAUCAAUGAGUGCAAUAGCAACAAAUGGUGUAGUUCCAGCUGGAGGCUCUUACUACAUGAUUUCAAGAUCUUUAGGGCCAGAGUUUGGUGGAGCAGUGGGACUUUGUUUCUACUUAGGUACAACCUUUGCAGGAGCAAUGUACAUUCUCGGUACCAUUGAAAUCCUCUUGACCUACAUUUCACCUAGUGCUGCUAUAUUUAAAGCAGAAGAGGUUGGUGAAGAAACGGAGGCUAUGCUGAACAACAUGAGAGUUUAUGGAACAUGUAUUAUCAUUCUGAUGGCCAUCGUAGUCUUUGUGGGAGUCAAGUAUGUCAACAAACUUGCCCUGGUCUUCCUUGCCUGUGUGAUUCUUUCUAUCAUUGCCAUAUAUGCGGGAGUUAUUAAGACUGCUUUUGACCCACCUGACUUUCCUAUCUGUCUUGUUGGGAACCGUACACUGUCAAAACGCAGCUUUGAUGUCUGUGCCAAAUUUACUGAAAGCAAUAAUGAAACAAAGACUACAAGGCUGUGGCGUCUCUUCUGUGAUAGCUCAUUGCUCAAUGCCACGUGCGAUGACUACUUUGUUCUCAAUAAUGUAACAGAAAUUCAAGGGAUUCCAGGAAUAAUGAGUGGAGUUCUCAUAGAUAACCUGUGGAGUGCCUAUUCAGAAAAGGGAUCAAUAGUUGAGAAAAAAGAUCAGCCAUCAGUUGCUGGAUCAGAAGACACAAAAGUUGGUGGACUCCCCUAUGUUUUUACAGACAUCAUGACCUACUUCACAAUGCUUGUGGGGAUUUAUUUCCCAUCUGUGACAGGUAUUAUGGCAGGCUCAAACAGAUCUGGAGAUCUUAAGGAUGCUCAGAAGUCUAUUCCUACUGGAACUAUUUUGGCUAUUGCAACUACAUCUUUUAUUUAUCUCUCCUGCAUAGUACUGUUUGGUGCUUGUAUAGAAGGUGUGAUAUUAAGAGAUAAGUUUGGAGAAGCAGUUAAUGGAAAUCUAGUGGUUGGUACGCUGGCCUGGCCUUCUCCAUGGGUUAUUGUAAUCGGCUCAUUCUUCUCUACAUGUGGUGCUGGUCUUCAGAGCCUCACUGGUGCACCCCGGCUGUUGCAGGCCAUUGCAAGAGAUGGCAUUGUACCAUUUAUUCAAGUAUUUGGUCAUGGAAAAGCAAAUGGAGAACCAACUUGGGCUCUACUCCUCACUGCUGGUAUCUGUGAGAUAGGAAUUCUGAUAGCUUCUUUGGACAGUGUAGCACCAAUUCUUUCAAUGUUUUUCCUUAUGUGCUAUAUGUUUGUAAAUCUGGCUUGUGCAGUGCAGACUCUCUUACGGACUCCCAACUGGAGACCUCGUUUCAAGUAUUACCAUUGGACUCUCUCAUUCCUGGGGAUGAGUUUAUGUCUUGCCUUGAUGUUCAUUUGCUCUUGGUACUAUGCUUUGGUUGCCAUGCUAAUCGCAGGAUGUAUUUACAAAUACAUAGAAUAUAGAGGAGCGGAAAAAGAAUGGGGUGAUGGGAUCCGAGGCCUCUCUUUGAAUGCAGCUCGCUAUGCUUUGCUUCGUGUGGAAGAUGGUCCUCCUCACACCAAGAACUGGAGACCUCAAGUCUUGGUCUUGUUAAAUCUGGAUUCUGAACAGUUGGUGAAGCAUCCUAGAUUGCUUUCUUUCACCUCUCAGUUGAAAGCUGGUAAAGGGUUGACUAUUGUGGGAUCUGUACUUCAGGGAAUCUACUUGGAUAAAUGUGCAGAAACCCAGAAAGCUGAAGAGAAUGUUAAAGCAUUAAUGGGAAUAGAAAAGACUAAAGGAUUUUGCCAGAUUGUGGUAUCUCCAAGUUGCAGAGAUGGAAUAUCCCAUUUGAUUCAGUCAGCUGGUCUAGGAGGAAUGAAGCACAAUACAGUCCUGAUGGCAUGGCCACAGUCAUGGAAGCAGACAGAAAACCAUUUCUCUUGGAAGAAUUUUGUUGACACUGUACGAGAAACAACAGCAGCUCAGCAAGCUCUGUUGGUUGCUAAAAACAUUGACUUGUUUCCAACAAAUCAAGAACGCUUUACUGAUGGAAACAUAGACGUAUGGUGGAUUGUUCAUGACGGUGGCAUGCUGAUGUUGUUGCCUUUUCUUCUUCGACAACACAAGGUUUGGAGAAAAUGUAAAAUGCGUAUCUUCACUGUAGCUCAAAUGGAUGAUAAUAGCAUUCAAAUGAAGAAGGAUCUACAGAUGUUCUUGUAUCACCUUCGACUGAAUGCUGAAGUAGAAGUUGUUGAAAUGUUUGAAAAUGAUAUUUCUGCAUUCACAUAUGAGAAGACACUUGUGAUGGAGCAGCGAUCUCAGAUGUUAAAACAGAUGCAGCUAUCAAAGAACGAAAGGGAAAGAGAGGCCCAGUUAAUCCAUGACAGAAACACUGCGUCCCACUCAGCUCCAGCUGUCAAAGCCAGUGUGGCUGCUGCUGCUCCGGAAAAAGUGCAAAUGACUUGGACUAAAGAAAAGUUUGUAGCUGAGAAGCAUAAAAACAAAGAAACAAAUCUGUCUGGUUUUAAAGAUAUUUUCAACAUGAAGCCGAAUCAAUCAAACGUGAGAAGAAUGCACACUGCUGUGAAGCUCAAUGGAGUAGUGCUUAAUAAAUCACAGCAUGCACAGUUAGUUCUCCUGAACAUGCCUGGACCUCCUAAAAACAGAAAAGGGGAUGAAAACUACAUGGAGUUCUUGGAAGUUCUGACAGAAGGUCUGGACAGAGUUCUCCUAGUCCGAGGCAGUGGACGUGAAGUGAUCACCAUUUAUUCUUAACCUUUUUGUUUUCUGGGGUUUUUUGUUCUGUUUUUUUAACUGAAUGUGCAAAGUUAUCUGCCAUAAUUUGAGCAACUUCACAGAGUUCUAGUGCAUUGAAAAUGAUCUGCAACCUGAAUCUUCUGAUGAUGUUUUGGGUUUUUUCUAUUAAAAGUUAUAUUUAAAUUAUAUUUUUAGAAAGAUAGAUCUAUGUAGAAAAUAUUUCUGUAAUUAAUAAAUGCCAGAGGGAUCAGGAUAUUUGUAUGUAGCACACGCUAACAUUUGUUAAACUGGUGAAACACAAGAAAUAGUAAUGUUGUUACACUUUUAAACAUAGAGAUGUAAGCAAUUUAUAUUAUGUGCUUCUUAAUCUUUGUUCUUGUUCUGAAUUAAAAGGGAAAAAUUGCAGGAAAAACCUGUUUCCACCCUCACCAAAAUGCUGCUAUAUUGCUUCUGUUGGGAUUUGUCCUGGUUCAAUAAAUUUCAUUCAGAAAUA